AGAGAGCUGAGGCUGGAUGCCCCGAUGCUGCUCCAGCCACGGAGUGUGUAUUGACGGAUCUGUUGUUUCAAAGCCGGAGAUAGAGCUGUUUACUGUAGUUUUUGACAGCGGCUGUUUUAUCUCACAUUGCUGAAGCAAUGCAGUCCCAGGGCAAGACUUCCUCUCAGCCCUCCAUCGAUUCCCUGAGCUCCGGAGACAGCCUCCUGUGCAGCGACUCGGAGCAGGCCGAGGACGAAAGCGACGUCUUCCUGACGAAUGGCUCUCCUGUCAUCAUCGGUGGCGUGGGCGGGGCUAAGGCCAAUGGAGACAGAGGGUCGGAGUGUCCCAGGUCCCAGUGGACGUGUGAUGGCUCUACAGAUAAAGAGGAAGAGGAGGAGUUGUACAAGUCGGAAAAAGGCGGCAAGGCAGCUCGCAUCAGAUUGGACCAGACAGAUCCUUCAAAACAGAAUCCAAAGUCACAGGGAGACCUGCUGUUUGCUCAAAAGUGUGCUGAGCUACAGGGUUUUGUCAGGCCCCUGCUGGAGCUGCUGAAUGGACUGAAGAGGGGUCGAUUCGAUCAAGGUUUAACUACUUUCCAGCAGAGCGUCGCUAUGGAUCGUAUCCAGAGGAUUGUGGGUGUUUUACAGAAACCCCACAGCGGGGAGAAGUACCUGAACACUCUGCUCCAGGUUGAGGUGAUGCUGAAGAUUUGGUUUCCGCAGAUCCACACUCAGCCUGUCUCUGCAGGCUCCAGCGUCGCAGCGUCACCCGCUCGCUUCCCCCAGGAACCUCCCCCCGUCACCCCGCCGCACAAGUACAGGGAUCAGUCACACAUUCCCGUCAAGAAGCGCAGACUCAGCUGGACGGGGACGGACUCCCCCACCCCUUCCCCGGUGCUUUUCAAGUGCUCUCGAAACAGUGUGGAAGAGAAGAAGGUGAAUCAAGAGUGUGAUGAAAGGAAGAGCCCUCUUUCUUCGUCAUUGGCACCUGAUGCAAACCCAGACUCACCAGUGGCGGGUAAGGACCAGCUAAUUGGGGACACAAAGGGAAAGGACAGUGACAGAGAGGAACUAGGCAAACAAUUCAAAUACAAAGCAGGGCAAAACUCAGAGCCAAGCCUGACGUGGGUCCACGUUGCCCCCAUCCUUUCCCCCCGAAAGCCCUGCGCUUCACAUGAGGGCACAACAGUGGGAGGAAACAAUGAAAACAAGCCCGUAAACGCCGUCCUACUCCCGCCCAGGAGGAGGGGCCGACCAGCCACACAAGACAGAUCCGUCACUUCUUCCUCUGUCGCCAACCCCAAAAAUCUGAGUAAGCUGAGCCAGCCUGUCACUGGGCAACAGAGUGGGAGUGAUACAGCUGAGACAUGUCAGGGUCAAAGUGCGGCUCCUCAGGUCACGCUCACUCCUUUGCCCGAGGUGUGCCCCACCCCCUUAAAGACCUGAAGAAGAUUUUCACACUACCGGGCUAAAAGCUGCUGUGUGAGGAAGAGGAGAAGAGGAUGAAGGUGAUUAUAGAUGCGUUAAAGGGAGGAAGGGGAGGAAAGAAUUAUCGGUGAUAAAUGUUGAUGUUUGAUCAUACAUAAAACCUCGUCAAAACCUCCAUUGAAACUAGUAUCUCAAACAACAAGACAAAAUGUGUUUAUGAGGAAUCAGAUCUAGUAGAGUUGAUAAUCAUAACUACGUUAUAAUAUUAACAUUUGCACAAAAAUAGUUGUGGUUGAGGCGGAUAGGAAAGAACAUCUAAAGCCCAACGGCUAUUAGCAUCUUAUUGAGUGAUAAUCCAAAGGAGAGAUUUGAAGAAUUUUAAGGAGCAGUUUCUCCUCAGCUUACAAGCAAUCACUUUACUUAAAGAUGACUGACAGAUGCACACACUUUAUCCAAAAUGUUAUGAUGUCAAUUUUCUGAAUGAGAGCUUCCAAGGUUAUUGUGAUGAGGUAACUUUAAUCCAGAGUGAGUGACACAGGGUGAGCUGAAUCUGAAGCUAGUCACAUUUGACGUUACAUUCACAUGUGCGUUAUACUGUACAUGUGGUGGGUGAGAGUCUUUGGAAACUGGAAAAAAUGACUUCAUCAAUUCAUGAAUGUAAUCCUAGAAAUGUCUGGGCGCAUAGCAUGGAGAGGUGUGUCAUCACAGCGAUCAGAGCUCAACUUUUCUUGACAAGCUGUUGAUCAGAAGUUUCUUCCCGGUCCUCGACUGCAAACUGAGUCAUGUCAUAAAACUCCAAGAAAGACUUUCAAAUACCAGCCAGAGGAAAAAACAAGGACCACUCAAAGACAUGCGAGUCCCACAGUUAAUUUAUUCCGGUGUUGAUCAGACACUGCAUUUAUUUAUUGUUUGUGUUUAUUUAUUGGGCAGCUGAUAUCGCCUGCUGUGCUCAUGCACAAGUUGGCUUACAAUUGUAUUGAGUGGAUUGGGAAGAUGCUGUUGAAAGUUGUUUUUUUGCUAUCAUAACGAGAGAAAAAACUUGAAACGUUUUGAUUGGACUACAGUGCCUUUUUACCAAAUAGGAUGUGUUCAGAAAAGCAUUUGGUGCUUUUUCAGUGCAUUCAUACUGCAUUUUGAUUGUUUGCUUGUAUUUCACAAAACCAGGACAAAUUAAAUCCUGAAAGCCAACAUGUAGUCAUUUUCAUCUUGCUUCCAAAUGUACACACAGCAUCCAGACCUACAGUAUCAUCAACUAUAUACAAAACCGGAGUCUAAAACUCCAUUCACAGUUACACUAACUGCCUACAUCUUCAACCUUUAUACACACACACUAACUGUGGUGUGCUGAUAUUUGUAGUAUUAUUAAGUGUAGCCUUCCUUCGGUGCUUUUCUUUGGGUGCUCUUGAGAAACUUGAAAAAAUACAGAGAAAUUCUAAAUGUAAGAGAGGAACUCUUUAUCCUCUACUGCUGCUAUUGUUAUUUCGGAUUCCAUUAACGGAUGUUCGAUAGGAGACAUCUGGAAAUCGCUAUCAAUAUUCUUCUCAAAGUAGGAGGGGAUUAAGCGAUGUGAUUGGAUUUACCUAUAUUGCAAAAGUAUUGUAAAUAUUUAGAAAACAAUUUUUUUAAGUGGUACGAGUGCUUCAUACACUAUUUACAUAAACAGAGAGGUUGGAAAUCCGUGUACCUUUCUCUUCCCUAAAAGUGAACACGUGAUCACAGAGCCACUGGCAGCCUCCAUUUUCCUGCCAAUGUUUGUGGAGUUAGGAGUGUACCCUCACAGACCCAGAGUCAGCGACUAACCCCAUCCCGCCUGCAAACGUGACGGUACGAUGUGCCAGACGCUGACCCUCGAUCCGAGGCGGGGGGUGUCCUCCUCCCCACUCCUGUUUUUAUACGGUUGUGGUAUGACAGAGAAACCAAUUGCACUUAUUUUACAUUGUUUGUGUCCUAUUUCAUGUAUGUUUUCUACUGCAGCGACCACUGCUGAUUGGUCAGAAAUAAUAUGUCUUGUUUAUUUUAGCUGCCUUCGUUCUUCCUAAACUGUAAAAGCUGACCGUAGUUCCCUCCCCUCCCCUCCCCUCCCCCACUCUGCUGCAUUCGUCUGCCCUUGCCCUCUCUCCUUCAUCUCCCUCAAUCCUGUUAGUAUAUUUUCUUUCUUAACUAAACCCUGUCUUUAUCUCUUCCCAUCUUUACAUGCUAUUACUCUUCUGGCUACUUUUUCAAUAAUGAUGAACAGGAACAACUCUUUUAAUA